CAGGACCCGGUGAUGUCUAUGGAGAAGCUAUGAAAAAAAAUGAUAAGAGAGGACCUGCCGAACCUUACUGGUGCUGAACGUAGGGAAUGGAUGGGUUGCUGGGGGAAUGGGAUGAUUAUUACUAGUGAUUAUGGAUCAUUCCCGAAAAUUCCCUGCUAAGCACCAGUAAGGAACAGUUGCGACUUCCGUGUCUAUUGAGACACGAUUCACAGCUAUGACUGAAGCCACGCAAGCGCCCCUCCGAGUGGCAGCUGUGGGUUGCGGAGUGGUAUGGCGCCACCAUUUGCAGGCCGUGCUUGAGAUGCAGCCCCGACUCAUUUCCUACUCCGCUGUCGUGGAGCCGGACGCGCUGCGGCGCGCGGCAGCCCUGAAGGCGCUUGAUGGACAGGGAGCACCAGCCAGGAGCUUUGCCACGCUGAUGGAGGCGAUUGAGGCCGAUCCUGACAGAACUUUGUUUGAAGCAGUGGACAUCAUGGUGCCCAACGUUGGCAACCUCCAUGAGCACGUGGCGCGCGAGGCGCAAAAUGCUGGGCGCCAUGUUCUUUUGGAAAAACCCAUCUCAGUUUGCAUCGCCUCUGGCGAGCGUAUCUUGCAAGCCCAGCCGCCGGAGAAAGUGCUGAUGGUCGCCGAGAAUGCCCAGUACUGGCGCGAGGUGCUGCUGGUGCAGCGGCUCAUCCACCAGGGCCAGUUGGGUGACCUUCUAAGUGUCCGAGCCAAAUGUUGGGAGAGCGCCCAUCCUGCCCUCAAUGAAUGGGCAGCUGAUGGCUCUUAUGAUGCAGGCAGCUUUAUCGCAGAUGCGGCUGAGGGAUUUGUCUUUGAUUCGGGCUUGCACUGGUUGCGGCCACUUCGGAUGUUCUUGGGCAAGGCGGUUCGCGUUUCGGCUGUGGCGGGCCGAAGCCUCCUGCAGAUGCGCGGCCCCAGCAUGACGCAGGCCCUGAUUUGCUUCGAGAGUGGCGUAACGGCCAUCUUCGAAGCAAUCUUGGCUCCGGGUGCAAUCUCUGAGCAGCCAUUCUUCUGCAUUCAGGGCACCAAGGCCGAAGUCCAGAUCGAUGGAUUUGCCGGUGGUGCCAGGCUCUUCACUAUCCAAGAUGGGAAAAUGAUAGAGGAGGAUCUCAACGGGGAGUUUUCUGGAGCUAUUGGAUGGGACACCGGCUACGCUGGAGAAAUGUUGGACUUCGCACAGGCUGUUCUGCACCAGAAGACGCCAGAAGCAGGAGCCGCUGAGGCAUUGGAAGACCUCAGGCUCAUGCUGGCAUUGAUGAAGGCAGCGAAGUCGGGCCAGUGGGAAGAUGUGGACCAGGUGGAUUCGUUGUUAUCGAUGGAAGCGCUUCAGCUGGAACUGUGACAAA